UUCGCUAUUGUUGCCGAUAGCGAGUUCCUUGAGAUUGUGCACAUGCUGUAUGCAAAGGCCGAGGUUCUCCAUCCGAUGACGGUGUCCCAAGAUGUUCAAGAGAUCUUUGGUAUCGCACAAAAGCAUCUCGCUGAUCAUCUGCAGAUGCAUCUUGGCCAGCUUCAUCUUUGCGUGGACGGUUGGACGGCACCCAACGUGAUAUCUUUCUUAGGAGUGACUGUCUAA